UCUUGUUGCAAAAAAAGAUGAUGUAUAAGUUUGAAAAUCAUAUGGAUAUUCCUCAGAUAGAGGCAUUCGCAACUCUUGAGGGCCAUACAAACUCUAUAGAUGCAGUGAAGGUAGAUCCCACUGGUGGUAAGAAGUUUAUCAGCGGUUCUCAUGAUAGAACUAUCAAAAUUUGGGACUUAAAUACCUUAAAAUGCAUCAAAACUACAUCAGAAGACAGUAAAGGAAUCUGGUGCCUUGAUUAUUCCCCAUCAGGGAAGGAGAUCUUAUCCUCCUCUGGUUCAGGUGUCUGCAAAAUCUGGGAUGCCAAAACUGGAAAGGCCACUGAAAAACUAAGUGCGCACAAAGGAAGCACUUACUGGGGAGCUUACAGUGAAUCAGGAAAUCUCAUGGUGACUGGAGGCUUUGAUAAGACAAUUUAUGUCUGGAGUCGCAAGAAGACAUCAAAACCUGCUCUAAAAUUGAUCGGGAACCAAUCUAAAGUUAGAUGUGUAGGAUUCUUUAACGAUGAUAAAUACAUCUUAAGUACCUCUCAAGGAGGAGAAAUCACUAUAUUUGACGCAAAAACUGGUGAUAUAGUUAGCCAACAGAUUUUCUUUGGUGAAAGAGAAGAACUCGAAGGGAACAUUUCCUAUUGUGGAAGAGCCAUGAGAAAGAUUGGGGGAGGAUGUCAGUUCAUGACCACCCACCAAGACUGAGUUGCAAGAUCAUGGGAGUUCAGCCCAGAUGAUAAAGAGUUCAAACAAUUAGACACCUUUAUUGGCCAUUCUGAUACAGUGAGAUAUGUCGAUUUUUCUCCUAGCGAGAGCAGAUGUGUCACUGCUUGCGAAGAUCACUCUUUAAGAGUUUGGGAUAUGGAAAGUCAGAAAGGAGAGUAUCUUCUUGCAGGCCAUCAUGAUUUCGCAUCAGCAGCUGAUUUUGUUAACGAUAAUAUUCUCAUCAGUUCUUCUUGGGAUCAGACCCUUAAAAUAUGGAAAUUAAAUGAAUAAUUUG